AGACCUAGAUAAAACUUGAUGGUGUGAGUUGACACUUUUAUCACAGGAGAGGACACUUUUAUUAUAAAUUCAUAAUCAGGGAUCUUACAUUUGCAAGUUUGUCAGAUCUGUUACUGUUAUGGAAAGAACAGUUGGUAAAGAACUAUGAAAUCUUGGAUAAAACAAUACACAUUAUGGUAAAACGGACAAUUUGUAAAAACCAAGUUUAGCAGCCUGCUUGUGAUCUUAAUAUCAUUGUUCACCCUAUUUUCAGAAAAUGGUUAGUCCCUGUGUUAUCAGUGAAACUAUAAGCCAACUAUUAUAUACAUAGUAUUUUUGUAAAUUUUGCUAUGGACUUUGUACCUCAGUGUAUAGUUAAAUAGGAUUGUGGGCUUCAACAGUGAAUAUCUAGCUUUUCAAUCAAAGAACAGUUCACAAUCUCUAUUUCAAAAUGGCAACUAAUGUAGGCUCAGUUCAGAAUAGUUCAGAUUUACUGAAGGACUAUGUUUGUGGCGCUUGCGAAAGUAGACAUAUUCAUGAAAGUGCGGCUUAUUUUUGUGCCUCCUGCAUGAAGUUUUUCUGCGGAAAAUGCAUUAAUCAACAUGAUCAAUUAUAUGAAAAUCAUGCCAAAUAUAGAAAAGAAGAAACAAAGAAAUGGCCUCUUACAAAGAGUAUGGAGGAUUUUCUGUUGAUAUGCGAUGUCCACAAGGAGAAGAAAUUGACAACUUUCUGUCAGGACCACAGUCAGCUGUGUUGCCCUGAUUGUGUUUUACUUAACCACAGACAGUGCACCAAUGUGACUCUAAUUUGUGACUCAAUCAAAAAGACGUCAUUGGAUAUGAAACAGUUGUCAAACAAUCUUCAAACAAUUCUUGAUGAAUUAAAUAAGUUUAAAAGUGCACAAGAGGCCAGCAUUCAGUCAGUGGAGGUGUCAAAUAGUAAAACACUGCAAGAAAUCCAGGACCUGCAAAAGAAAUUAAAUGCUGCUUUGGAUGCACUUGAAAAAACAACACUGAAAGAACUGGAUGAAAUAAAGAACACAUUGCUUGUCUUGCUCAAGAAUGAUGUUGAAAACUGCAGCAGACUAAAGGAUGAACUGAAACAACUCAGUGAAGCUGUAAAUGUUCUUUGGGAUAAGAGCAACAAAGAAAUUGAGUUCAUUGCCAGCAGAAAAUGUCUAGACAAAAUACAAGAGUCUGAGUCAUAUCUAAAGGAACAUCGUUUAAAGGUGCAGAGCUCAAUAAUAUUCAAGGCAAACAUUGGCAUCGAGAAGUACCUGUCUCAACAGGCUAGUCUAGGAAGGAUUGUAGACAGUAUGCAGUCUCCUACAGUCACAAUGAAUCCAGACCAGGUCUUGACUUUGAAGAAGAAAUCGCAGUAUACUGUGAGAAUAUCAAGUGACACAAAUCAGAUUUGCCGCAUCACUGGCAUUUGCUGCCUGCCUAGUGGAGAGGUCAUUGUUGUAGAUUACGAAAAUAAAAAAGUGAAGCUGUUUGACCAGCAUUACAAUAUGUCUAGUCAUUGUGAUGUGUCUAAUGGUCCAUGCGGUCCGUGGAACGUUUGCCAAAUCACAUCCAGUGAGGUUGCUGUUACUGCUAAUGAAGAUGUGCAGUUCAUCUAUGUGAGAAAUGGGCUGCUGUUGAAUGGUCCCAAGUUUUCAUUACGACAUGAGGCUAAAGGUAUUGCCCACCAUCAAGGGGCCUUGUAUGUCACCUCUGGCAUUGCCCUGUACCACUACAGUCUGACUGGGUCUGUUGUGAAAAAGCUGUAUGAGGAUACAUGUACAGGUCAACCUUGCACAGUUUCAAGUUGUGCAGUGAGUCCUGCUGGGGACAGGAUCUAUGUCACCAACUACUGGCAGCACAAGGUCAUCACUCUGGCUACAGAUGGUACCCUGAUAUCCACCUUCACGGAACAAGACAGCCCAUCGGCUGUACAUGUUACACCUUCAGGACAAGUGCUUGUCUGUCUAUUCUGCUCCUUUACUGUCAUACAGGUGGAUCAUGAGGGAAGAAAGAAACUGACAACUCUUGCUUCAGAGAAAGAUGGACUGAGGGAACCAGAUUCUAUCUGCUAUAACACCAAUACUGACCAGAUCAUUGUGGGAGUAUCUAAUAAUAAAAUCAUUGCUUUGGAAUGCAAUAGCUCUUAGAGUCAGAAAAUAUGAUGAAAACACAUUUAUAAAUGUUAUAUCCUUUAUUUUUAUACAGUUUAUCUUUUGAUUGUAUGGCCCUAGUAGGGUGGCAUAUAGCAGUCGCACUGUCUGUCUGUCUGUCCAUCCGUCAUUCUGUUUUCCGGAGGUUUUUUAUCCCCCGCCAUAGGCGGAGGGAUAUUGUUUUGGCGUUAUCCAUCCUUCCGUCCGUCUUUUCGUCCUUCCAUCCGUCUGUCCGUCCUUCCGUCCGUCCUUCCGUACAUCCGGCACUUUUGUGUCCGGAGCCAUAUCUUGGAAGUGCUUUGGCGGAUUUCAAUGAAACUUAGAAUGAGUAUAUAUAUGGAUAAGAGGAUGGUGCACGCCUAACGGCAUUGUACAUCAUCUGUUAAUAACAGAGUUAUGGCCCUUUGUAUCUUGGAAAAAUCCUUUUUUGUGUCCAGAGCCAUAUCUUGGAAGUGUUUUGGCGGAUUUCAUUGAAACUUGGUAUGAGUAUAUAUAUGGAUAAGAGGAUGAUGUACGCCAAAUGGCAUUGGACACCAUUGGGUAAUAAAGGAGUUAUGGCCCUUUGUAUAUUGAAAAAAUGCUUUUUUGAGUGUCAAAUGUAACACUUUUGUGUCCAGAAGCAUAUUGGCGGGGGAUAUCAAUUCAACGAAAUCGCUUGUUACCCAAUGCUUUAAAAUAUUGUGUUGAGUUUUGGUAUGUGAGUCUACCUACAUGACUUACAGGUGAAGUGUAAAGUUCGCUCUGUUCUGUUUGUUUUGAGGAAGAUACGGGCCUUUGACUCAUCAAACUUUUUGCCAAGGGAAGUAAUAAGCUUUCAAGGGAGAUAAUAUUUAUUUUUCAUUUAGCAGGUACUAGGUCCAUUUUUUGACAAGGGAAGUAAUAUAUUUUAAAGGGAUAUUAUCCAAGGUUCUAUAAAUUCUAUUAAUAGAAAGUAAAAGGCAUGAAGAGAGAUUUGAAACAAAGGUGGAUAUAGAAAUGUUUUCUAUUAUAACCAUUUUCCAGUUGAUUUUCAUGCAACGCUUUCAGAUAUUGAGCUGAUUUUUGGUAUGCGAGUCUACAUACAUUCCCUACAGAUGAAGUGUGAAAUUUGUUCUGGUCCAUUGAUUUGUGGCGAAGUCAUGGGUCUUGGGCUUAGAAAUUAUCUGUAUUAUAACCUUUUUAUGGAGUUUAUUUGAGCAAAACAGUUUCAGAUAUUGAGCUGAUUUUAGGUAUUUUUGUUUACCUACAUGACUUACAGAUGAAGUGUGAGUUUUGUUUUGGUCCAUUGAUUUUUUUCUAAGUUAUGGGCCUUGUUUUCUCUAAAAUAACUGCUGUGGGACUUCAAAGCCCAGUAGGUGGCAUUGUGUUUCACGAACGGUUUCAAUAUUUCGUGUGUAACAUUGUACAUUGGUUCUCAACAAAAUUUCUUAAACCAUUGCCCUUGGUUAAAAACUGGUAACCUGAUUUAUAUUAUUUAGACUUAUAUAGUACAUAACUAACAAAAAAGGUACUCUACUGGACACCAGCUUUUUACACGUAUUGGUAAUAUAGAAAUUAAACUACCUUGUGUAUCAUAGACUAACCAAUUCCAAACUGUGCAACACUGAACAUGCAGUUAGGUUAAGAAAUUACAUGUAUUCUGACUUGUAAAUAUUUGAUGAUUAAAAUACUCUGAAAAAUGUGUGUUGCAUUAUCUAUUAGUAAUUUUUGACAUGAGUAUGUUAUUGUAUUUUUUGUAUUUAUUUAAUAUUUAUUAUACCCCCCACAAACGAAGUUUAGGAUGGUAUAUAGGAGUGAACUUGUUUGUCAGUCUGUCAGUUGGUCGGUCGGUCCAUUAAGUGUCCGAUCUCUAAUUUAAGUUGUUUUCAUCCGAUCUUCACCAAACUUGGUCAGCAGUUGUAUCUAGAUGAUGUCUAAUUCAAGAUUGAAUAUGGGUCAUGCCGGGUCAAAAACUAGAUCAAGGGGUCACUUCGUGUGUUUUAAACAUUCAGCAUGUUGUCCGCUCUCUAAUUCAAAUAGUUUUCAUCCAAUCUUCACCAAACUUUGUCAGGAGUUUUAUCAAGAUGAUCUCUAGGCCAAGAUUGAAUAUGGGACAUGCUGGGCCAAAAACUAGGUCACGGGGUCACUUUGUACGUUUUUUAACAUUCAGCAUGGUGUCCGCUCUUUAUUUCAAGUACUAAUCAUCUGCUCUUCACCAAACUUGGUCAAAAAUUUUAUCAAAAAUGAUCAUGUUUAGGCCAAUUGGAGCAUGGGCCUUGCUGGGUGAAAAACUAGGUCACGGGGUCCCUUGGUGUGUUUUAAACAUUGAGCAUGGUGUCCUCUCUCUUAUUGAAGUAGUUUACUUCUUAUCUUCACCUAACUUGGUCAGAAGUUUUAUCUAAAUGAUGACUAGGCCAUGUUCGGACAUGGGCCAUGCUGGGUCAAAAACUAGGUCAUGGGGUCACACAUUCAGCAUGGUUUUCCCUAUUGAAGUUCUUUUCAUCCGCUCUUCAUGUGGCGGUAUUCAUCACGUCUGUGACAAAGCUCUUGUUGUAUUUGGUAUAUUUGCCAUUUUCUUAUGUUUUCCUUUUCCAGCGUAUUGGAGUCAGUAUCGUACAAAACGUAUGUUGUGAAAUGUCUUGAAAGACCAAUACUAUGGAAUUCAAUAACAUGUUACAUUUAGUUGAAAGUGAUUUUUUGAUAGUUAAACUACUUCAGGCUUUUAAGUGAGAUUAAAAUAAAGCACACUGAGUGUUUGUGUAUUUUGAAGUUUGUGAGGUCCUUUAGAGCCUGAGGCUGCAUGAUGUGUGGACCCCGAGUGUGUCCUAGAACUCCUACCUAAUAAACUUAAUAGAAUCACACAAGUUUGGACGAUUUUUAAAUCAAAGCUUAAAGGUCAAGCUAUUUAGUUGUAACUAAAAGAUUUUAAAUUUUUAUGUGGGGGACAGCCACCUGGAGGACACCCCACCUGUCCGGUAUGGUGACCACAAAAAUACCCAAAAAAUGUUAACUUUUGCAAAAUUCUUUUAGCCUAAACGAUCUGUUAUCUUUCAAAUGUCGAAUUUGGACAACCUGAUGUUUGUCUGGACUGUAACUUAAUCAUUCAUCAUGUUAUUUUAAAAUAAUUUAUCAGAAAUGUUCACCAUUUGGAGUAGGUUUAUUAAAGGUCAAAGGUCAAACCUGUGUAUGGUGCAGCAAGUUAAACAGUACAGGUACAGGAUUAGUAUAGGUU